CUACUUUUCAGAUUCCUGCUGCCGAUCUCUCGGGGGUCCCGGCGGAGUACUCUGAUCUGCAUCGGGUGUUCAGUAAGGCUCGGGCCACAUCCCUACCUCCUCACCGGUCAUAUGAUUGUUCCAUCGAUCUCCUCCCAGUUUUGUUCAGAUUGUGAAAAUGGAGUCUUUGUCUGCAGCAAACACACAAUUCUCUCUCAAUGUGUUUAAGAAGAUCAGUGAGAUAAACACUAGUGGAAAUGUCUUCUACUCUCCUCUCAGUAUCUCAUCGGCUCUGGCCAUGGUGUCACUUGGUGCUGAAGGAAACACAAAAGAUCAGAUCUUACAGGUUCUGUGUCUUAACAAACUUCUAAAACCUGAGGCUGCAACUCCAGCACCUGGACCAACGGUUCUGCCACAGACCCAGAAACCCAAAACAUCUGGCUGUUGCGAAGUUAAACGUGAACCACCAGUUAUGCCACAAGCCCAGAAACCCAAGACAUCUGGCUGUUGCGAAGUUAAACAUGUACCGCCAGUGAUGCCCCAAGCCCAGAAACCCAAGACAUCUGGCUGUUGCGAAGUUAAACAUGUACCGCCAGUGAUGCCCCAAGCCCAGAAACCCAAAACAUCUGGCUGUGGCAAAGUUCAGCAUGAUCCGCCAGUGAUGCCCCAAGCUCAGAAACCCAAGACAUCUGGCUGUUGCGAAGUCAAACGUGAACCACCAGUUAUUCCCCAAGCCCAGAAACCCAAGACAUCUGGCUGUUGCGAAGUUAAACGUGAACCACCAGUGAUGUCACACACCCUUAAACCACAAAUUUCUGUCUGUUGCAAAGUUCAGCAUGAUCCGCCAGUGAUGCCACACACCCUUGAACCCGAGAUAUAUGGCUGCAGUUUUCCGCCUGAACCGCCAAUGAUGCCACACACCCUUGAACCCGAGAUAUAUGGCUGCAGUUUUCCGCCUGAACCGCCAAUGAUGCCACACACCCUUGAACCCGAGAUAUAUGGCUGCAGUUUUCCGCCUGAACCGCCAAUGAUGCCACACACCCUUGAACCCGAGAUAUAUGGCUGCAGUUUUCCGCCUGAACCGCCAAUGAUGCCACACACCCUUGAACCCGAGAUAUAUGGCUGCAGUUUUCCGCCUGAACCGCCAAUGAUGCCACACACCCUUGAACCCGAGAUAUAUGGCUGCAGUUUUCCGCCUGAACCGCCAAUGAUGCCACACACCCUUGAACCCGAGAUAUAUGGCUGCAGGAUUCAGCCUGAACCGCCAAUGAUGCCAGUGAUGCCCCAGGCCCAGAAAUCUCCUGCUCAGCCAACACAUGGGAACAAAACUGAAGACCAAAUUCAUUCCAGCUACAACAAACUCAUGAGCGAGUUGAACAAACCAGGAGUGCCAUAUAUGUUGAGUCUUGCCAAUCGUCUGUAUGGAGAGAAAUCCUAUCAGUUUAUUGAUAAAUUCAUUAGUAACUCACAAAAAUACUACCAGGCUGGACUGGAGUCUGUGGACUUUAUAAAAAACUCAGAAGCUGCACGCGUCAACAUCAACAACUGGGUGGAGAAAAACACACAAGGGAAGAUCAAAGACUUGCUGGCACAGGGGAUUGUCAAAGAUUUGACGCGUUUGGUUUUGGUGAACGCCAUCUACUUCAAAGGAAACUGGGAGCAAAAAUUCAGAAAGGAAGCCACAGUUGAUGUACAGUUUCAAGUGAACAAGAAUGAAACUAAAAAAGUGAAGAUGAUGAAUCAGAGGUCAGAGUUUUUUCUGAACUUCAUCCCAGAGGUGAACAGUCAGAUCCUGGAGCUGCCGUAUGUCGGGAACAAUCUGAGUAUGUUCAUCAUCCUUCCAAAUGAGAUUGAAGACGACACCACUGGACUUCAGAAGCUGGAGAAAACACUGACCUAUGAGAAGCUCAUGGAGUGGACCAAACCUGACAAGAUGAAUCUACAAUACGUUCAGAUAUCUCUGCCUAAAUUCAAGCUAGAAGAAACUUAUGACAUGAAGAAUCUACUGGUGAAACUGGGAAUGGUGGAUGCUUUUGAGAUGGGGAAGGCAAAUUUUUCAGGCAUGUCCCACAAAAAUGAUCUGAUGAUAUCUAAGGUGAUUCAUAAAUCCUUUGUUGAAGUCAAUGAAGAUGGAACAGAAGUAGCAGCAGCUCCUGAAUGCUGCAGGCCUGCAGAGAUGUUCAGUGCUGAUCAUCCCUUCCUGUUCUUCAUCCGACACAAUCCCACCAACACCAUUCUGUUUUAUGGACGCUUCUGCUCUCCAUGAGAUCCUCCUGCUGGUUUUAUCUUCUGGAAAGUUUUGUUGCUGAAGGUUUUUAUUUGAAUAAUUAAUCAAAUGAUAAUUUCAUUGUUAUGCAAUCAAAGUGUUAAGUUUAAAAUAACCCAUAAGUGUGGUGGUGUCUAAUAAGAUUGCCCCUGAGCUGGUGGAUUGUUACUGUGGGAGAGAGCAAUAAAGUUCAGUUGAGCCUGCA